AUGUCCACACUUGAUAGCUAUCACGUUAUGGUAGUCUCAAAGUAUUUCAAGACCAUCAAAGACUUUGUUAAUCUUGAAUUUGUAUGCAAAAAGUUUAAAGACAACAUUAAGAAGUACCAUUAUAACCCAAUUCCGUUAAAUUACAUAACAGUGAAAUACUUCCCAAAUAUCAAGACACUUCACUUGUGGAGCACUCGCGAUGAGAACUUUGGCAACGGAUUUGUUAUCAACAUAGAAUUAAAAGAUGAUCGGUAUAAAGCCGGUUCAGACAGUGAACAAUAUGAAAAUGUCAACGAAGAUAUUGUAACUGUUUUGGAAAAGAUGUUUUAUCAGAUUGUUGUAUGGUUCGGUGUUAAUUAUGGCACUGUUGACAAAAACAAAGAUCGUAACGUUGUAUUUAAACGAGUGACUUACACAAAAUACAACAGACACAAAUUUGGCAGUAAUAUCCCCUUAAAUGUAACAGCAAUAGGUAAUGGCUGUUUUGAAAAAUGUAAAACAUUGGAAAGUGUGACAAUUCCAUCAAAUGUCAAAUCUAUUGGUGAUUAUUGUUUUUAUAAUUGCAAAAGUCUCAGCAAUGUGAUACUAUUAUCAACAAUGACAUCACUUGGUAGUCAAUGUUUUAAUGAAUGUACCAGUCUGAGCAGUGUGGUAAUACCAUAUUGUGUGCCAUCACUCAGAUAUCAAUGUUUAUGUUGGUGCAGUAGUCUAAGUCAUCUUACAAUACCAACUAGUGUGACAUCACUUGGUGAGGAAUGUUUUCUUGGGUGCACAAGUUUGAAAAGUGUUGAUAUCCCAUCAAGUGUGUCAUUCAUUGAUAGAAGUUGUUUUAGUGAAUGUCACAGUUUGACAAGUGUGACCAUACCAUCGAGUGUCUCCUCACUUGAAAAUGGAUGUUUUGAUGAAUGUGAAAAACUGAGUGGUGUGACUAUCCCAUCGAGUGUGACAUCACUUGAUGAUUUCUGUUUCUGUUGGUGUAACAGUCUAAGCAGCGUGACUAUACCAUCAAGUGUGUCAUCACUUCCUUAUAAUUGUUUUGAACACUGUGACAGUUUGAGCAGUGUGGUUAUACCAUCAAGUGUCACCUCAAUUAAAAGUGAUUGUUUUAUCGAAUGCCCUCAUCUAAGCAGUUUGACAAUUCCAAAAAUUAAAAUAAGGGUGCUGGCUUUCGUCCGCAAUCGCAAUUAUAAAUAG